AUUUAACUAUAAAAUUGUCAUUAGAAUAUAAUACUUCAGUAAAAGAAGAAGAGUAAAAAUGAAGAACUGGCAAUUAAUAUCUUUUUUCUUUAUAAUUUCUUGUUUGAUAUUUAACGAAGGAAUUAUUAAUAGAUAUUCCGGAGACAAAAUAAUAUGCCCAUUUGGAAAAGGUACGACGAGAAAAGCUGCUACAAUUGGUGACAUAGAAACAUUAAAACUAGCUCACGAGAGUGGAUGUGAAUGGGAUGAAUAUACGACUACUGAAGCUGCUGCAAAUGGACAUUUUGAAUGCUUAAAAUAUGCACAUGAAAAUAGAUGUCCAUGGGAUGUAAGCACAACAGAAACAGCUGCAAAAUAUGGACAUUUAGAAUGUUUAAAAUAUGCACAUGAAAAUGGAUGUAAAUGGGAUCAAAACACCCCAAAGGCUGCUGCUGCAAAUGGUCAUAUAGACUGCUUAAAAUAUGCUCAUGUAAAUGGAUGUAAAUGGGAUAAAACAACAACAACAGAAGCUGCUGCAAAUGGACAUUUAGAAUGCUUAAAAUAUGCACAUGAAAAUAGAUGUCCAUGGAAUGUAAGCACAACAGAAGCAGCUGCAAAAUAUGGUAAUUUAGAAUGCUUAAAAUAUGCUCAUGUAAAUAGAUGUAAAUGGGAUAAAACAACAACAACAGCAGCUGCUGCAAAUGGGCAUUUAGAAUGCUUAAAAUAUGCUCAUAUAAAUGGAUGUCGAUGGGAUAAAACAACAACAAAAGACGCUGCUGCAAAUGGACAUUUAGAAUGUUUAAAAUAUGCACAUGAAAAUGGAUGUAAAUGGAAUCAAAAAACCACAAAGGCUGCUGCUAGAAAUGGGCAUUUAAAAUGUUUAAAAUAUGCACAUGAAAAUGGAUGUAAAUGGGAUCAAAACACCCCAAAGGCUGCUGCUGCAAAUGGGCAUUUAGAAUGCUUAAAAUAUGCUCAUGUAAAUAGAUGUAAAUGGGAUAAAACAACAACAACAGCAGCUGCUGCAAAUGGGCAUUUAGAAUGCUUAAAAUAUGCUCAUGUAAAUGGAUGUCCAUGGGAUGUAUGCACAACAGAAGCAGCUGCAAAAUAUGGUAAUUUAGAAAACUUAAAAUAUAUUCGUGAAAAUGGAUGUAAAUGGGAUAAAAAAACAACAAAAGCUGCAGCAGCAAAUGGACAUCUAGAUUGCUUAAAAUAUGCAUAUGAAAAAGGAUGUGAAUUGGAUGAAAAAAUAAUGGAACUAGCUGCUUUUAAUGGCGAUUUAGAAAUUUUAAAAUAUGCUCAUGAAAAUGGAUGCACAUGGUCAAAAAGUACAAUUAGUUCUGCUGCUUAUAAAUGUAAUUUAGAUUGUUUAAUAUAUGCCCACAAGAAUGGAUGCACAUGGGAUGAUGAAACAACUAAAGUUGCUGCGGAAAAUGGUUGUUUAGACUGUUUAAAGUAUGCUCAUGAAAACGGAUGCAAAUGGAGUGUAGGAAUAACAAAUGGUGCUGCUUUUGGAGGUUAUUUAGAAAUUUUAAAAUAUGCACAUGAAAAUGGAUGUAAUUGGGAUGAGAGUACAACUAGACAUGCUGCAGUAAGCGGCUGUUUAGACUGUUUAAAGUAUGCUCAUGAAAAUGGAUGCAAUUGGGCUGAAUUUACUUUAUCUGCAGCUGCCGUGAAUGGUAAUUUAAAUUGCUUAAAGUAUGCCCACGAAAAUGGUUGCAAAUGGGAUGAAGGCAUCACUAGAUAUGCUGCUUCAUUAGGUGAUUUAGAUUGUUUAAAAUAUGCCCAUGAAAAUGGACGUGACUGGGAUAAAGGAACAACUAAAGCUGCAGCAGAAUACGGUAAUUUAGAUUGCCUAAUAUAUGCUCAUGAAAAUGGAUGUCCAUGGGAUGAAAACGUAACAGAGAAAGCUGCAAAAUAUGGUAAUUUGGAAUGCUUAAAAUAUGCUCAUGAAAACGGAUGCAAAUGUAAUAAAAGCACAACUAGAGCUGCUGCUUUAGAAGGAUAUUUAGAUUGUUUCAAAUAUGCAUAUGAAAUUGGUUGCGGAUGGGAUGAAUCAAUAACGGAAGUAGCUGCUUCCAAUGGCGAUUUAAAAAUUUUAAUAUAUGCUCAUGAAAACGAAUGCAAAUUUGAUAUAGGCACAACUAGAGCUGCUGCUUUAGAAGGCAAUUUAGAUUGUUUAAAAUAUGCAUAUGAAAAUAAUAGAUACGAAUGGGAUGAAACAAUAACGGCAGUAGCUGCUUCGAAUGGUGAUUUAAAAAUUUUAAUAUAUGCUCAUGAAAAAGGAUGCAAAUUUGAUGAAAGCACAACUAGAGCUGCUGCUUUAGAAGGCCAUUUAGAUUGUUUAAAAUAUGCUCAUGAAAUCGGAUGUAAGUUUGAUGAAGGUAUAACAAAAGGUGCUGCUUUAGGAGGCUAUUUAGAUUGUUUAAAAUAUGCAUAUGAAAAUGGAUGCGAAUGGGAUAAAGGCACAACUAGAGCUGCUGCUUUAAAAGGUAAUCUAGAAAUAUUAAAAUAUGCUCAUGAAAAUGGGUGUAAAUGGGAUAAAAAAACAAUAAGGGAAGCUGCUUCUAAUGAGCAUUUAGAAUGUUUAAUAUACGCCCACAAAAAUGGUUGUGAAUGGGAUGAUGAUACAACUAGAGCUUCUGCAGCAAGUGGUUGUCUCGACUGUUUAAGGUAUGCUUAUGAAAAUGGAUGUAAUUGGGAUGAAGGAACAAUAGUUACAGCUGCCACACAUGGCAAGUUAGAUUGCUUAAAAUAUGCUUAUGAACAUGGAUCUAAUUGGAUCGAAGGUACGACCAGAGGGGCUGCUUCAAAUCGUCAUUUAGACUGCCUUAAAUAUGCCUAUAAAAAUGGUUGUGAAUGGGAUGAAGGCACAACAAGGGAAGCUGCUGCAAGUGGUUGUAUUGACUGUUUGAUAUUUGCUCAUGAAAAUGUAUGUCAUUGGGAUGAGGGUACAAUAGUUACAGCUGCUGUGCAUGGUAAUUUAGAUUGCUUAAAAUAUGCCCAUGAAAAUAAAUGCAAAUGGGACGAAGGCACAACAAGACUGGCUGCUGCAAAUGGUCAAUUUAAUUGUUUAAAAUACGCCCAUGAAAAUCAUUGUCCAUGGAGUAGAAAUACCAUUUAUGAAGCUAAUCAACAUGGUUAUACUUAUAUAAUCAAUUAUGCCAUCGAAAAUGGCUGUCCUAAUUAGUUUUUUGUUGUAAUUAUUUUUAUAUUCAUUUAUGUUGGCUGUUUACAUUAUAUUUUAAAUAAAUCGCCUUAAUCUUU